ACUAUUGACAAACAAGCUCCCGCGGACGCGUUAAGUGUCACCUUUGUACCACAAUACGAGUGCUUCCUGUGUACAGUGGACAAUGGACACCCUGCCAGAGACUUCACCAGGGUAAAUUUACUCUGAUAUUUUGGGGUUGGAAAGGUCUUUUCCAUUCUUUUGGUGCCAGCAAUAUGUCCUCAUACGACAGUAUGGAGCCUCUCCUGGGUAGACGACGAAAAUCAGGGGUUUGUGGUAGAAAAUGUCUAAUAGCAGGAAUCACUGGAACGGUAGUAGUAUUAGCUGCCGUGGCGGUGGUAGUCACGCUGAGAUUCACGACAGACAGCUCUCCUCAAGCGUUGGCUACAAAGGUCCUAGAGGGAACGCCGCUUAUUGAUGGACAUAACGACCUGGCCUACAGAUUCAGGAGUAAUGUCAUGAACCACGUUGACAGCGUGAACCUCAGGGAGAGUCUGAUUGGUGUGUGGAAUGAGACACAGACAGACAUACCGCGGUUAAGAGCAGGGAGGCUCGGGGCACAGUUCUGGUCGUGUUAUGGCUCCUGUUCCGCUCAGUACAGAGACGCCACUAGGGUAGCCCUGGACCAGUUGGACACAAUUAUGAGAUUCGUGGAAAAGUACCCGGAUACUUUCCACUUCGCCACCACUGCUCAAGGUAUAGAAGAUGCAUUUAGUGCUGGCAAAAUCGGCAGUCUGAUUGGUCUAGAGGGUGGUCACAUGAUCGACAGUAGCCUAGCAACCCUUCGAGUAUUUUACCGCCUUGGGGUCCGGUAUAUGACUCUAACCCACAGUUGUCAUACUCCAUGGGCGGACAAUUGGAAGUCGGACUGGCCGCUAGCUAACCCUCAGUAUGACCCUCCGGUCAACAAUGGACUGUCUGAGUGGGGACAGACUAUUGUCUUAGAGAUGAACCGGUUGGGUAUGCUGGUAGAUUUAUCACACGUUUCCAAGGCCACCAUGUUGGAUGCACUCAAUGUCACCCAGGCACCCGUGAUAUUUAGCCACUCUUCAGCGUACGCGGUGUGUCACCAUCCGCGGAAUGUCCAGGAUGACGUGUUGCUGAAGCUGAAAGAGAAUAACGGCCUCAUCAUGGUGAAUUUUUACAACGAAUAUGGCAACUGUUUUCCUAACAACCAAUCCACUGCCACCUUACAACAGGUCGUAGACCACAUGAAUUAUAUCAAAGACUUGAUCGGAGAAGACCAUGUUGGUAUAGGCGCUGAUUACGAUGGGGCAAGCGGAUUUCCCCAGGGUCUGGAGGACGUGUCCAAGUACCCCGCCCUGUUCACUGCCCUGGCUGAGGGCGGCUGGACAGACACACAGAUGAAGAAACUGGCGGGAGAGAACUUGCUGAGAGUGUUCAAGGAGGUUGAAAAAAUAAGUGAGCAGUUGAAGACGAGCAAAAUCCAAGACGAGCACAUACCGGUAGCUGAUCUCAGGAACACUAGCGAACCCUGUCGGCCGGACUUUUAACUCUGCUGACUACUUGAAAACCCCGUAAAAUGAAUUGUCAGCGGGACCACUUGCUUACUAUGACUCAGUGUCUUAUUUUUAUUCCACACCAACGACAUUGAAUUAAAUGGGAACAUUUAAUUAUAAUAUUAUGAGGACAUAUUAAGUGGAUUGCGCCAUUAUGAGUAAACAUUCAACGAAGAGAAAACGUUUUGGUGGAGUGCCAACCGUACUUUUUCUUUCAACAUUACGUAUUUAAUAUUGUUCACAAACAAUAUCGAGUAAAUAUUGCAAAGACGGACAAUAAUGUUCACAAUCUUUUCUAUAUUUUCAUUUUGUGUGCAAGGAAAGUAUAGGGAUUAUUUUAAAAAUAAGAAAUAAAUUUUUA